AUCACAGGUCCAGAUGGGAAGCAGAUUUACAAAGGAGACCGAGAAUCCAGUGGGAAGUACUCGGUGGCUGCCCAUAUGGAUGGCACAUACAAGUUUUGCUUCAGCAAUAAGAUGUCCACCAUGACACCCAAGAUCGUCAUGUUCACCAUUGACAUUGGAGAGGCCCCCAAGGGAGACGGCAUGGAGACAGAAGGUGGUGGAGACACCUGGGAUGCCCACCAGAACAAGCUGGAAGAGAUGAUUAAUGAGCUAGCAGUUGCCAUGACAGCAGUAAAACACGAGCAGGAAUACAUGGAGGUCCGAGAGAGGAUACACAGAGCAAUUAAUGACAACACAAACAGCCGAGUGGUGCUUUGGUCCUUCUUUGAAGCUCUUGUGCUGGUAGCCAUGACCCUUGGACAGAUCUACUACCUGAAGAGAUUUUUCGAAGUGCGGAGAGUUGUGUAA